UCUCUUUCCAUUUUGUGAUAUAUACACUGCCCAGCUGCACCACUGCCCUUCACUCCGUUUUUCUCAUGUACGGUUAAAAGGAUAUAUAUAUCAAAGCACAGAUCGAGAUGGUGAGGAGUCCCUUUUACGACAAAAACGGAGUUAAGAAAGGUGCGUGGAGUAAAGAAGAGGACCACAAACUCAGAACCUAUGUUCUCAGACAUGGUCAUGCCAAUUGGCGUCAACUCCCCCAGCUUGCAGGUUUAGCAAGGUGCGGAAAAAGUUGCAGACUUCGUUGGAUGAACUACCUGCGCCCAAAUCUAAAGCACGGCAACUACACUCCAGAGGAGGAGCAACUAAUCAUCAAAUGCCACCGACAACUUGGGAAUAAGUGGUCAUUGAUUGCUGAGAAACUUCCAGGACGAACGGAUAAUGAUAUAAAGAACCACUGGCACAGCCACCUAAAGAAGAACUUAAACCAGAGUGACGCUGAAGAGGGGGUAAAAUAUUUGAAGACAGCCGAAUAUAAAGAAUCCGAACGCCCACGUGAGUUUGUGGGUUCUGAGUCACGAAGUCACCAUAUUCUGGAAAGCUCAUGGGCACGGCCCACUUCUUCGGACACGUGCUACACCCAAGAGAACCACUCAGACUCGAGCGUUUCACUCCAACAAUCCACCCUCAAGUCUUACCGGGAAGAUCAGGACAGUGUAGCUUCCUGGGAAACCUCACAAGAACUGAUGACCAGCGAAUUUUGGAGUAGACCAUUUUUAGUAGAAAAUACUUGUGGUUUGGACACACCCCCCUCAAUGUUUUGGUACCCUUACGAGGUUACAGAUUUGAGUCAUGACCUGCUGCUAGACUGGCAAAUACAAAAUUGUUAAUUAUUUGUUUAUCUUAUCGUCUGAGCCGAGAGUCAGAAUUGCCGUCUGUAUGCAUGAUAUAAUUAAUAUGGAAAUUAGUUUGAACUCGAAUCCCCAGUGUGUACACAAAAAUAUAAGUGCAACCGAUGUGUUGAAUACCUGUUACUCUUUUUUUUAAUUGUAAAGAAACUUAGUGUUAAUAAUAUACGGAUGCAAGUUGCGUAUAC